GUCAACCAGACCUGAAGGGGGGGAAGGGCUGUCAUAUAAAAGACAUUGCCACUUCGUAAAGUUGGCAUUACUGUUUUCGAGCUUGUCAUUUAGCGUUAGAGACUUCGACGUACGUACCGACGGACGGACAGACGAACGAACGGAAGGAGAAUAAACGACCGCCCACCUGCCCGACUGAAGGCACGAUUCGUGGCGGGAAUUUAAAACCUGUUCAUAGCAGCAAGGCCAACACUUUAGGGUGCAAAACCUAGGCAUGCCUACUUUCAGGUGAUACAGAAGAGAGAACACAGACCAGAGCGAGCACUACUCACCCACCACCACACUACCACAGAAACUGCACCAGUACAGCACCAGGGACAAGAACUCCGAUGCCUCGGUCGCCCGGCCCGUAGCAAGACGAUAUACCGAUUGAGCUAUCCCGGCUUCUCUACAUUACUAGAUCAACAUGAAACUCGGACCAGCUAGUGCCUGCUACACAAUCUGCGUGUCGCUGGUACUCGCCUGUGCUACUCUACCCCAAGCCGCAGGGUACAAGCUGGCCGGAGGCGGCAGUGCUAUUCGAUCAGAGUUUGUGCCCACAGCCGUCGCUAGUCGAGCCUGGGAUGGCGGCCUGGGAGGUGAACCUAGCUGCGAUGAGCUGAGAGCCAUGUGGCGAUUCUCAAAACGACAGUCUCGAGCUGCUGAGAUCACUAACGAAAUUCCGACGUACAGAGACCCUUUCGCGUACAAUAUGUGGGAGCCGUACGCAAGACCACGGAGUGUCGUUGGAGGUAGACCUCGAGGAUCCGAUCGUCAUGUGUACGGCCGAAUCGUGUAUUCCCCUCAGAGAUCAAGGUCACGAGAUAAUUCUCCAGAACGUAACCGCGCCUACGAGGAAGUGGCUGCCCGUCUUGUCGGAACAGGGCAACCCGGAAAAUCUAUUGGCAUUCCUCGCCGUAAAGUCACGUCCUUUAGAUCAUCAGGAGGGACCAGCCCUCAUGUGGAGCACAUACAGCACUACUCACCGCCAGCGGCGAGCAGUUUCGAGCAGGUCAGAGACCUGAUCCGGGCAGAGAGGGCACGAGAAUUGCAACAGCAACGCAUGGCUGAGGAGGCCGCUGCAAGAGCAGCCUCCUUUAGGGGCCUAACUUCUGAUUCUUAUUAUGGUAAAAUAACUCACGAGCCUCCGACCCAUCCGGGUGCCAACUCUGACGCUCUUUGGUACGGAGAACCUGGCCACUUCGGCAACAACAUGCAUGUGUCACAGAGCAAAGGCAGCCCGCUGGCUUUCUCUGAUGUCCUGGAACCAACCGUGCCGCAGUACGAAGACCGUGAUAUUCAUCUGUACAAACACAGAUCAUACCCAGACACGAUUCCAAGUACUAUGGAUGUGGAGAAUGGUUUCUUCCACUAGUGAGCAACAUAGUGCCAGGCAACCAAACCACUGGAUUCCACGUGAAUCACAGAAGGGCCUUCUGCUCUCAUUAAUCUGGAAAUAUGUAGGGCAUUGCAAUCUGUUCCACAAAACCAUGUUGUGGGGCUAGGUUACUGUUUGUGAAUUCUGUUCAUAAUCUUCAUAUGCAAAAGAAAUAUUUUAAGUAGCCAUCUCUUUACCCUGACACAGAUCUAAAGCAGUGUCAUGCAAUAUUGCCAAAAUAAUAUUCUCGGCAUUUUAUACUCACUAUAUUUUCAGUGACAAGCAAAUAAGAGCUGAACUGAUGUCAGUAUCCAAUGAUAUACUGGAUAUUUGACAACUGAAUUUCCAAAACUGAUACAAAGGACAGAUUGGUACAUUGUACGUUCAUAUUAUGAGCAGGACUAAACCUUGAAUGAUAUAUUUAUAUGUAGUAAUUGUUACCUGAGACCUUGAUGGAAUGCAACUUUUCCAACAGACUCAAUCAUUCUUUUGUGCACGGACCAUAGUUUGGAUUUGUUUUAAAAUGUUACAUGAUAUAUCAAGAAGUUUUGUUGGAUUAACAUUUGCAUGUCUAGAUAUAAUGUUACCACUACUCAGUCAAUCUUAACAGUGUUUUAAGGUAAUUAAAUGAAUACCAAUGUUACACUCAUCGGUAGUUAGAUAUUAUUGCUUAAAUUUAAUUCACUUGUUUAUAUUAUUGUCUUAUACUGUCUUAUUUGCAAUACAAAAUCUUUAUGAGGGAUUCUCAAUUGAUUUUCUGUCACAACCCAGUAUACUGCAUAAGAAGAGAGCAUUACUUAUUCCAUUAACUUCGUCUUAAAUAUAUUUCAGUAAUGCUAUAGACAUUGUUAGAGAGAGGCCAGUUAAGUGCUAAAUACGACUAUUUUUAAUGAACCAUAAACUGUAGGGAACUAUAAUCAUGUUUCUUUAAUAUACACAUAUUGGUAUAGAUUUGAAGCUUUAAGCAUGUUAUAUUUGGGUUGUUCAACUUCUAACCUAAUCCAUUUAUGAUAACAUCUGUUCUUAUUAUUAUUGGCCUAAUUUAGGAUACUGAAUUCUUACCAAUAGCUUAAUAAUAUGAGUGGACAUCACUGAAAAUCGAUUAUUGUAGCAUGUGAUUUAUGCAUCCACAUACAUAAUUCAAAGCACUGUUAAGACGUCUGGAUACGCUACUGAAGUCCUUGUCAAUUAAGCAUUAGCCUGAUUCAAGACGGACGUUAUUUUAUUUGUUGAAAACUGUAAUUAUUUUAAGAAAUAUUCUGUUCCUAUAACAUUUGACACUGUUGCAGAUAUACAUAUAUGUAAGUUGACCAUAUGAUCACUAAAGGAAUAGAUGAGAUCUACCAGUAGUUUGGAGUGCCUAAGAGACAUCUUCAGCAAUUUUAAAUUUCAAUUCUGCUCUCAUAUUCCCAACAUUUUGUAAUAUUUCAAAUAUUGCUCGAUUAAAAUGUUAAUGAAGAUAUGAUAGUCAUAUUUCAGCAAAUGAUGGGUUGAAUAUUUUUAACUUUAAUUUCCUUCUCACUAAGCUUCUGAACCUAUUUUGAAUGUGGCUUUCCUUUAAAAUUUGCUCCAUAAUUUCAAACAUUAAAUAAAAAUAUUGUGCAUAUUAUCAACGCCUUUUUCUUCUAGCUUUACAUAAAUCAAUGAAGAUGUACAUUCAGACCAGUAAAUGGAUGUAGCAAUCACUUAAAAUAACCCACUUAAACAAAAAAGAUACGUAUAUAAACUUGGAAGUGAAAUACCUUCCAACAGUGAAAAAUUUAAAUAUGCUUGUAUUAUAAAAUCAUUUCCUGAAGUCAAAUAUUGCCUAACAAUAUAAAACCGCAGUUAUUUUUACAAAUUCCCUUCAAAACUUCAGGAGAGUAAAGUGAAGCAGUGAACAUUAAAAAAAAUCAUAAAUAGUAUGAACUUAUGGCAGAACAGCAACUACAGCUAACUUAACUAAUUACCUUCUUGUAACAUUGUCAACGACAUAAAUUUCAUAACACAAAUGAAUUAGCGGUAUUUAGAAACAAAAUAUUCAUCUUUGAACUAAUCAACAUUUCAUAUAAAACUAUAUCCCUUGCCUUGUUUUUUUCUCACAUUUAAUAAAACGUUUAUUUUAGAUUCUUAAAUGCAGUUACUUCAUGACUUCACUUCAUUUUAUAUCAUAGACCAACACUGACUACGACAAUAAACCUAGAAGAAAAGCUUUACGGAAUACCAUAAACAGAAACUAAUGUUAAAACAAAUCAGUAAAAUGUUGAAUUCCUUCAGUAUACCCCUCACAGCCACCAAAACUAUUGUUCACAAUUUUCUACCAAGGCUGUUGUCUGGGAUGUGACAAUAGUUUGGUGGAAGAGUAUCAGCAUCUCUGAGGAAACUGCUUCAAGGUACCAUGAAGAUUCAGACUGCAGGUUCCUCUGAAGCAAUGGUUCCAAAUACCAAAACUCACAAUGUCAUAUCCCAGGAGACCAUGAUCUUUAAUUUAUUUCAGAUUUUUUGGAACAAAUAAUGCAAGAAAUUAUGCCUCUUCUUAAAAACUUACCCUUUACUUUUAUUAAAUUGUUUCACAAAUUGUUUGCUUUAUUUGUAUAAUGUUGCUUGUGCAAUAAUACAUUUAGAAGUUCUUGAAGCAAUCAACUAAUAUCUAGGUUCUGUUUCCUACUUAUUUCAAUCUUAUUAAUAUUUUAAACAUGAUGGAGUAAAAGGAGCUCUAUAAAACAUAAUGAAUGUGGCUGCAAAAGACUGUAUAAAAAUUCCUCUCCUUUCAUCUAAUAUAAUGUUACAAAUAAAACAUUUCCGUAUCUUUAGAGAUUAAUUGACUUGAAUUCUCUUUUUUUCAGUUCCAUUUUAUACUUAUAUAUGAAACAAUUUUUAACGUGAUAAAUAUUUUUGACAAUAAAGAGGACAAUAAUUAAACAGACAGUAGUAAUAGACUUCAUCUAUGAAUAUAUUCCCCAGCUGUGUUUCGGUUUGUACAUAUUCUUCAAGCAAUUUACUUCAGUCAUGUAAUAAUGUAAUGUAACAUUUGCAAUAUAGUGAAGAUAUGGGACUAUAAAAUUAAAUAAAUAAUGUAUAAUGGUACAACAGAACACCAUGAAAACCAUGUCAAAAUAUUGAGAUAUGCCUGAUUCCAAUCAAAUGAAUCAGUUAUAUUUAAAUUUCCUUCACUUCAAAGUAUAAUCAUGGUUUUAGGUAAUAAUAAGGAGUGCCAUGAUUUGUAUAUUUAUCCAGGUAUGAAAGCAAGAGGCCAAUUGAGACUCUUAAAGUGUAGGUGAGAGGGUAAUUUUAAAGCAUGUAUUAAAAAAUACUGUGAGGGUGUGCACUAGACUCUGACUCCUCAAGCUAUGAUUUGGGAAUGGAUUCUUGUGAAUAUGGAAAGACCCACUGUGUCCCUAAGAGGGAAGGAACCCCUUCACUGUCUGGGCUACUCUCAAGGAGUACUCAAGGAGUACUCUGCUGUGGAUUUAGCCUACUUAUUUUAUAAUUAUCUUACAGUUAAUUUUGUUCUCCAGCUCCAUUCAGAUGCUAUGUCUAAGAAACAAAUGAUCUUAAUAGAAUUAAAAGGGCAUAAUGUAUGUCAUUUUAAGAAUUCUUACCACUAAAUAAUGGCCUCAAAUAAGUACAUUUCGUUGAUAUAUAUCUGUUACAACAUAAAGAUUCAGCAAGUAACAGAUACAUUUACAAAAUUUUCCACUCGUUCACAAGUGAUUUCUAAAAAUGUCAUCAUCAGCAUUACUAAAGGGUGUGAUGAGAUUUCUUUGUCCACUGGAGCAGUUUAAAAUUAAUGUUUACCUCUGUGUUGGUGGUUCUGCAUCUAUGAAAUAUUUGAAGUCCCAUUCAAGGCAGAUUUCUAGGUUCACAGCUAUAAAACAGUUCAAUUACUUUUCAGAAAAUGGAACCUUUUUACAGGUCAAAGCACUUAUGGUCAUAAACAAGACAUUCAUACUAUGAGAGACAGAGUAUGUACAAGGAUGAGAAUUUCAAGAUACGCAGACAAGUGUAAUACAAGUGACAAAAAUUACAUUUUUCACUACUCACUAAGUAUUCAGGAGCUUUCAGGAUGACUGAUUUCCUGAUCCAAGCCAAGUUAUCAUUCUGAUCAGUUAAACAUGACAAAACCUGAAACUUUUUUCUUUUCCAGCCAUACCUUCAAGUAAAUAUCAGCUAUACCAAUUUUCCUCUAGAAUUAAAUUCAUAUUACAACACAGGGAAUGUGUCUGAAUUAUACUGCUUACAAUAAUAUAUUAACGUUACAAUAAUAAGAUAUUACACAAUGAAUGUCAUUGCCCUUUCUCAUUUGAACAGAUACCGGUAUUUUCCAUUGAUUUCUUCAUUGUUAAUGUCAUUAUUAUCGUGAAAUUAAUUCAAAUUUUAACAGAAUAUUGCAGAACCCUGCUGAUAAAGAAAACUAAUUCUUCCAGCAUUUAGAAUAGAGUGUAUUUUUUAAAAUA